UCCUAAACAUGGCUUCUGAGUGCAGUUUGUCCAAACUGUUUCCUAUUCAAAGUCAGCUCGACUACGCUUUAGAAGAAGCCACAACUGAAGAGGAGAAGGAGAAGCUGGUCUACGAAUAUUUGAGCAAAAUAGACGAGAGGGAGGGCCUCAAGAUAUGCGACUUUGAGACAGAUCUGGAAUGGCUAAACACGGAGGGCCCGCUGUCUUUCAAAAAGGAGCUGGCAGGAAAAGUGGUGCUAUUGGACUUCUUCACCUACUGCUGCAUCAACUGCAUGCACAUCUUGCCCGACCUUCACCAGCUUGAGCAGAAGCACUCUGUCAAAGACGGACUCGUCAUUGUUGGUGUACAUUCAGCCAAAUUUCCUAAUGAAAAGGUUCUGGACAACGUCCGAAGCGCCAUCCUUCGCUACGACAUCUGCCACCCGGUGGUGAAUGACGGCGAGGCGCGUCUCUGGCACCAGCUGGAGGUCUCCUGUUGGCCCACGCUGGUGCUGGUGGGACCGCGUGGCAACCUACUCUUCUCCCUGGUGGGCGAAGGCCACCGUGACAGUUUGAUGCUUUUCACGGAUAUAAGCCUCCGUUACUACCAAGAGAAGAAGCUGCUGGAGGCACACUUGGUGGGUGUCAGGCUGUACCGGGAUUCCCUACCUCCCAGCAUCCUGUCCUUCCCUGGGAAGGUCUGCAUGGACCACGGUAGCAACAGGCUGGCCAUCGCUGACACGGGGCACCACCGUAUUGUGGUGGUGUCCCCUACUGGUCAGCUUUUACACAUCAUUGGAGGGUCUGAAAGUGGACGGCAAGAUGGCGCCCUGUCUGAAGCAUCCUUCAAUGCCCCUCAGGGUGUGGCCAUGAAGGACGACGUGGUGUAUGUGGCCGACACGGAGAACCACCUAAUUCGAAAGAUUGACCUGUUAGAGGGGCGGGUCAGCACACUAGCCGGCCUCGGCGUCCAAGGCACGGACAAAGCAGGCGGGGCUAUGGGAGAUCAACAGCCAAUCAGCUCUCCUUGGGAUGUGACACUUGGCUCUGCCGGUGGUUUAGAGGACAACGUGCUGUGGGUGGCAAUGGCAGGAACCCACCAGAUUUGGGCUUUGUUCCUAGCAGAUGGCAAACUGCCCAAAGGAAGCGAGUCCAAGGCUGGGACGUGCGUGCGAUGGGCGGGCAGCGGCAGCGAGGAGAACCGGAACAAUGCCUACCCGCACAAGGCUGGCUUCGCCCAGCCGUCAGGCCUGGCUGUAGCCCCAGAAGAGCCCUGGAGCUGCCUCUUUGUGGCCGACAGCGAAAGCAGCACUGUGCGCACGCUGGCGCUGAAGGACGGUGCAGUCAAGCUGCUUGUCGGUGGUGAGAGAGACCCCCUGAACCUCUUUGCUUUUGGAGAUGUGGACGGGAAGGGGGUGGACGCCAAGCUGCAGCAUCCGCUCGGCGUGGCCUGGUCUCGGGACCAGAGUUUGCUGUACGUGGCCGACUCCUACAACCACAAGAUUAAGGUUGUGGAUCCAAAGACAAAGCAGUGCAGCACUUUAGCCGGGACAGGAGAAGCUGGCAAUACUCUGGGUCCUGAGUUCAGCAAAUCCAGCUUCAAUGAACCAGGUGGAAUCUGUGUGGGCACCGGUGGCAAGCUCCUCUAUGUGGCCGACACCAACAACCACCUCAUCAAAGUGUUGGACCUCUACUCCAAGACCGUCUCACUGUUGCCUAUUUGUACAGACAACACAGACGCACCAAAACCCAAAGCACCCGCAAAAGUCCUCAAGCUGCCUAAAGGGUCUGCCAGGAUAGACAUGCCACCACAAUCGGUGUGUGCGGGUCAGACCCUCACCAUGUCACUCACAUUGUCUGUUCCGGAAGGAGCCAAACUCACAGAGGAGGCACCAAGCUGCUGGACUGUCUCGGCCGAAGGUGACGAGUGGCUGCUGGAUGGUCAGGUCGUCAGCGGCGACAUCGCCGAUCUGUCAAAGCCGCUCCGCAUCUCUGCCAAACUCCCGGAAGUUCCAACGAAACUCCACACAGGCCUCAGGCUGAGCGUUUGGGUGUACUUCUGCUUGGCGGCGGGGGCAGCCUGCACCAUGAGAGCGGCGUCUUUCUUUCAGCCUCUUGAGAUAAGUCACACACUGGCCGUGGGGGAGGUCACAGUUGUGUUGACUCAUUCCUUCUAAAAUGGGAGUGCCCAAUUUUUUUACACCAAGCGUCCCAUAUAGAAAAUUUAAAAGAAUGCAGAAUCCAUUUUGAUACAUUUUCUACAUUAAAGAUGUGACAACUGAUCGAACGUCGGUCAGUAUGUGGUAAGCUAUCUGAACAUAACAGGUGACAAAGCGAAUUAGGGUAACAUCUAAUAAUAUAUAUCAUUAAUAAUGACCGCAAUUUCCAGUGUUUAAGCCACAUCCACUAAAUUUAGAGAGAAAACCAGAUUUGUACAUAUAUAAACCACACCGGACUAUACGCCACACAUGUCCACGUCAUAAAAAGACAUAUUGAGGCGCACACAAGUCUGUGAGGACCAGGCAGCUCUUUAUUUGACAGGAGUCAAUCAUGAGCUAUGAGGAAAAACUCACAAUUGGCGUAUUAACCCAUCGGA